AAAAGUCCAUUCAAGCUUGUGCUGCUGGGUUGUUUUGCUAAAGCACUAUCCUUGCUAGCAGCCUGCCUCGGUCAACAAGAAAUACAUUUUCUCAUUUUACGAUUGCUAUCAUUUUUAAUGAACUCAUAUAACAUCACAUAGGUUAUAAAUCGUAGGAAGUUGGACUGAGAUAUCUUGUCAAUUUCCUAGCGAUUCCCAGCAUGACUUCUCGUCGGCCUGACAACUUUGAGGGUUUGGGUUACAAGGGCAGAGAAGAUCCGUCAUUCAGCGGGGGCUAUUCGGCCAGGUCAUUCAAUAAUUCAUCCGGCCCUGACAUCCAGCACUGGGUCACCACGCCUCCAGAUAUACCUGGCAGCAGAAACCUGCAUUUUGGCGAUCACACACCCCAAUUUGAGAAGGCGCCUGCCCCACCUGAAGCUGCAGACGAAGCCCAAUCAGCGGCUCCACCAUCCGAACAGCUGAAAAGAUUUGCAGGGUUUGGGAUAGGUCUUGCAAGCCUCUUCACAGAAAAUGUCCUGGCCCAUCCCUGCAUUGUGUUUCGACGUCAGUGUCAGGUGAAUUACCAUGCCAGGUGUUACCACCUGUCCCCACUGACAGCCAUCAGUGUAAUGUACAAUGUCACCAAAACUCAGGGUCCAAAGGCUUUAUGGAAAGGAAUGGGCAGCACUUUUGUGGUACAGGGGGUUACACUGGGAACGGAGGGCAUCAUUAGCGAAUGCACACCUUUACCAAGGGAGUUAUCACACAAGUGGAACCCUAAACAAGUCUUGGGACACUUAGUACUCAAAGGUUUCACAUAUGUGGUUGCAAUGCCGUUUUACUCAGCAAGUCUCAUAGAGACUGUACAGAGUGAAAUAAUCCGAGACAACCCCGGCAUCCUGGAUUGUGUGAAAGAGGGUAUCGGGCGUGUAGUGGGUAUGGGAGUUCCUCACAGCAAGCGUCUCCUUCCCCUCUGGAACCUGCUGUUCCCCACGGUCCUCCACGGUCUCCUCCACUAUGUUAUCAGUUCCAGCGUGCAGCGGCUGGUUCUUUACCUGCUGCGGCGUCGGAAUAGUGGCUCACCAAAGCACUCGUCCCCUGACUCCCAAGCGGACGCGGUCCAGUCUAUGCUGGAUGCAUACUUCCCUGAGCUCAUGGCCAGCUUUGCUGCCAGCCUGUGUGCGGAUGUGCUGCUGUUUCCUUUGGAAACGGUGUUGCACAGGCUGCAUAUCCAGGGAACACGCACUAUCAUCGACAACACUGACCUGGGUUGUGAAGUUUUGCCCAUUAACACGCAAUAUGAAGGAAUGAGGGACUGUAUUAAUGCUAUUCGCCGUGAAGAGGGCACCAUGGGCUUCUACAAGGGCUUCGGCUCCAUAGUGGUGCAAUACUCUCUUCAUGCCGCAGUUCUGCAGAUCACCAAGAUGAUCUACUCAAUGCUGCUGCGCAAUGCUUAAGUACAAUGAUUCGUAAAACAACGAUUCCUUCCUAAUUCUCUGGUCAUUUAUUUUGGUUGAGUUGGACAUGUGUCCUAAUAUGAAUUAAUAAUUGCACAUACUGAGGUUUUCUUCACCUCUUCCUGUACUUGCAUACGUUGUUUCAUAAAGCACUUGUUGUCUUGUUGAUUGCACGACACUUUUAUGCAAAAUAUUAUCCACUAGCGCCAAAACAUGUGUAAUAUUUCUGAAACAUCAACCUUUGUCAUUAUAUUCCUAUAUAGUUUCUACAUUUCAUCAAUGGUCACCGGGUUUCAUAAUGUGGUGUGUGAAUGUGAUUGUUCUUUUGGCAACACUGGUUUAAGACCUGUUCUUAAAGAAAUUGUCAUUAAAUUAUUAUUUGCACCUUAGUGAAACUUGUGCCAGUGUUUCAAACAGUGAAACUGUUUCUGUAUGCCAGGCUUAAGAUGAUAUAAGAGAUUAAAAAUUCAGUUCAUUGAAUGGGAAGCCAUUAUAUACACAACAAUGCAAUGUAAGAGUAGAAUUAAUGUACAUCUGGUUCCUCGGUGAGUAAAUAAUCAAGUUCUCAUUUAUUGGGCACCAUGAUUAAAAUAAAUGUCUAAAAUCUG